AUGCCCCCCCGGCCAAAGAAAGUGAGGCAUAGAGCACGGAGCAGGACAAGACGUGAUCGCGGAUCGCGCCGACGCUACACCAUGGUUUCUCUCCUCACCCAAACCAAGGCCCGUAUCCCGUGGCUCACAGCAAUCGGCUCCCUCUGUCUCAUAUGGUCGCUCUGGUCUCUGGGCAUAGGACUGAAUACUACACCGUCACAACGCCCCUCCGGUCACGUUGGCUCAGCCCCAGCAGCAGUCGCUGGACCCAUCCCAGUAGCUACCCCCACGGUCCCUAAAUUCCAUCCCUUUGAUUCGAUCCGCGACCAUCUGGACGACAGCGACUUCGUCUCGGACCGGCCCCUGAUCCUGUACGCCUUCUUCGAGACGGAGCUCGCCAGAACAAACCUCGAGUUCUUCCUUCGCCACGCCAUUCACAACGAGGCCGACUUUCUCUUCAUCCUCAACGGCGAGACUGAUGCCGAGUCGCUGCUGCCGGUAGCGGGGAAUGUGCGAUUCCUGCACAGGGAGAAUGACUGCUUUGACUUGGGGGCGUUCGCGGAGGUGCUUACGACGAAUGAUCUAUACAAGAAGUACAACAAGUAUAUCAUGAUGAACAGCAGUAUCCGGGGUCCUUUCUUCCCGUACUGGGCUACGGAUUGCUGGAGCGAGCGGUAUUUGAGCAAGAUCACGGCGGACACGAAGCUCGUGGGCAUGACCAUGAACUGCGUCCCUCGCGUCCACGUCCAGUCUAUGAUCUGGGCUACCGACCGCGUCGGUCUCGAGGUCCUGCUCUUCCCCUCCGAAGCCCUAAUCGCCAAAUACAAGGACGUUCUCGGCGAUAGGGAUCACAAACCGGUCCCGAAGAUGAAAGUCCCCGGAAUCAACUCUUGCCCGCACGAUUACUGGGACGCAGUCGCGAUUGAGGUGUACGCGACCGGUCUGCUCCAAACAGCCGGGUACAAAGUCGACCCGAUAAUGAUAGCAUAUCACAGCAGCACGCAUUACGAGCAGGAGUGCCAGGGCGGCCAUGACGUGCAGGGCCACGGGAGAUACUACGGCAUGGACAUCCAUCCGUACGAUACUAUUUUCAUCAAGACGAAUCGGGGUAACGAUCCGCUUGUCUUGAAAAUGCUGACUGAGUGGACGGAUCAGUGGGGGUACACGAGUUUUGAAUCAUGCAAGAAGGCGUACGCGGGUGGUGCGACGGCCGAGACGAGGGGAGAGGUUACUAAGGCUGGGAUGGUUAACGUGGCGUGA